AUGGCGCACCCGUACGAGCCGUGGUUGCGUGCGGCGCCCCCGGGAGGCCCAGACGAGGUGGGGAUGUCCGGAUGGUGGGAUCUGCACAGCGGGAACGCAGGAGGCUGGAUGGACAUGCAGGGGGCGUCGGCGCUGGGGGUGGGAGGGGGCGGAGCCAUGACUCAGGGUGGGUCCAUGGGUCUCCAACCCCCCGUGAGUUCCUACAACCCCUCCGACGCCCAGAUGUGCUGCCUGCCCCCCUCGUCCCACCCGGCGCCGCUCUACCCCCCCGACGGCUUCAAGAUGGAACCGCUGGCGCCGGACAUGCUGCACGCGCCGCAUCACGCCUCCCCCUUCUCCCUGGAGGAGCCACAGGAGGGCGCCAGCAGCUCUGCCCGGCCCAAAUCCCAGCGCCGCUCCGGGAGCAGAGCGCCGGGUCAGACGGCCUGCCGCUGCCCCAACUGCCUGAGCGCGGAGACGCUAGGAGCUAACGACGGCGACGAGGCUAGCAGGCGCAAACACCUGCACAACUGCCACAUCCCGGGCUGCGGGAAGGCCUACGUGAAGACGUCGCACCUGAAGGCUCACCUGCGCUGGCACAGCGGCGACCGGCCCUUCGUCUGUAACUGGCUCUUCUGUGGUAAGCGUUUCACCCGCUCCGACGAGCUGCAGCGCCACCUGCAGACGCACACCGGCACCAAGCGCUUCAGCUGCAGCGUCUGUCCGCGCGUCUUCAUGCGCUCCGACCACCUGACCAAGCACAUGCGCGUGCACGAGGAGCAGGGCGGGGCCGACAACACCUCGCCCACGCCCGUCGGUGAGGGAGCCGCGCCCACCGUGUCUGCUAUGACCGGGCUACGUCUGAAGAGUGAAAACGACGCCAGCGGAGACGAAGCGCCAGCGCACAGCACUUAA